AUGGACUUCUCCGGGGUAGUUCCACCUGCAGAUAGACCCGUGUCUCCCAGAACGGGGCAAUUUCCCCAGAGCCGCAAACGUGGCAUCGGGCGGACAGCUUGCUCGCGAUGCAAGACACGAAAGCAGAAGUGUGAUGGCCAGCUACCCGUCUGUUCCAACUGUACGAAAUCAAGGGCCACUUGCGACUUGCAAAAUGUCCGUGGCGAGGAUUUAGUGGUCGCAAAGUACAUUCAUGCCCUUGAAAACAAGGUCGCUGAACUGGAAAUUCAACUCCUACAAUACCAACAUUCGCAGGCCGAAAGGUCCGAUGCCAGGACUCCGUCGAGCGGCACGCCGGGGCAGAUGAGCAUUGCCGACGUAACAAAUUCGCUCUGUCUUUCUCUUCCCGACACAUCUUCAGGAAUAGAGCUCUCCCAGUUUGCACUCCAUCUUGCCCUCAAUAUUGGUGAAGUCUCCAAAGCCUCGGCGACCACUGGUCGUACUUCAACCGGUGACUCUGGUCUGUCCGAGGAGCAUCCAGAAAGCUCCGCUGCCGUGGGAAAUUACCCAUUCACAAAUGAUAUAGAAAACGUGACCCAUGGCACUGGGCCACCAUCAGAUGAACUGGGUGUAAAACUGAUUGAGACAUAUUCGGAGAGAGUUGACUCGAGAUAUUCGUUCCUAGAUCUAGAUGAGAUCCUGCAGUGGCAUCGAGAUAGGGAACGUCUCUCCAGUAUUAGCCUGCAGUCCCUGAGUGCCAGCCAGCAGUUUGGAUUGUUCAAAUUGUACCUCGUGUAUGCUGUUGGAUCUGGUUUACUUUCCUUGACGGAGAAACAAGCGUCAUUACCCACACCAGAGGCAUUUUAUGCGACGGCAAUACGGCACAUCUCCGCGGCACGAGAACCCCGAUCGCUAGAGAACAUCGAGGCCAUGGUGCUUUUAGUGAUCUUUCACCUUCGUUCCUCGAUCAGUCAAGUGCUAUGGUAUCUCAUCGGAUUUGCCAUGCGCACCUGCAUUCAUUUGGGAAUGUAUCUUUCACGGCGCGAAGCCGACCUGCCCCCCGCUGUUAUUCAAAAGCGUCGGAAGUUGUUUUGGACUGUGUAUUCUCUUGAGCGCAACAUUUCUAUCGCACUCGGCUAUCCUGUUAGUCUGCCCGAUCGCUUGAUUGAUGUCCAGAUGCCCACUCUGAUGCGAGAGGAUGAUCACAAAUUACGGCAAGCAAUCCAUCUGUUCCGACUCAGGAGAAUUGAGUCUCGCAUUCAUCAUUCUCUAUAUCGCAUUGACCGCACCCUGCAAGAGCUUUUGCCAAAGGUUCGAGGAUACUAUCAAGAGUUACAAGAGUGGAAGGAAAGUUUACUGGCGUCUGUGUGUCUGGAUAACAACAAUCGCCCGGACUAUUUACUCCUCCACUACCACCGAGCUAUUCGCCUCCUCAUGCAGCCUUUUCUCUCUAUUUUACCGAGCUCUGAUCCAUAUUUCAAAGCUUGUGUAGAGUCCGCGGGACAGAUUUGUCAACUACAUAAGAAACUGCACCAGAACGCAGCGUAUGGACAUAGCUUUAUCGCCGUCCAGACCGUCUUUGUUUCUGGUAUUAUGAUGUUAUAUUGCCUAUGGACACACGAGAAUGUUUGGAGUGUGCGGUUGAGCAACAAUAUUCGAGCUUGUUCAAGCGUUCUGUUCGUUAUGGGCGAAAGAACUCCGUGGGUUCGGCGGUACCGCGACGCAUUUGAGGCGCUGGUGACCAUGACCAUGGAAAGACUAGAGACCCAACAAGAAUGUGACGCCAGGGAUAUUGCAAGCAUCAUGGAGGAUGUUCCCAUGCAGAGCACGGGGGUCCCACCGCUUCAUGACACUCAAAGUGGUGGCAAUGUAGCUGCCGAGUUUCCGGUAAUGGAAGGGUCUGGACUAGCACAAGGAGAGCCUAUGCCCCAAGCGCUGCAGGUGUUACAGGACAGAUGGAUGGAGUUCGAUACAAUGGCGGUUGUAAAUGAGCUCGUCACCUGGGUAGAUCCCAACACUCCCCGGGCGGAAACACCAUGGAUACCAGGUUACGGGAGUUUUGGAGACACCAGUUGGGAGGCAUGGCAGCUACCAUGA